AUGGCUGCCAAAACUAUCAUCAUCACAGGUGCCUCCCGAGGCAUCGGUCUUGCAGUGGCCAAGUAUCUGCUCUCAGCACCCCAAUCGCACAACGUGGUGGUGGUAGCCCGCAGCGUUGAGCCCCUCCAAAAACUGAAGGAGCAAUACAACAAGCAAGUCGAAGUCCUAAAUGGAGAUCUGGCAGACUUCACUCUUGCCCAAAAGGCCGUGGACACAGCCAUCAAGGCAUUCGGCCAGCUCGACGGCAUGGUUCUGAACCACGGCCUCCUGGGCCAAAUCGGCAAAAUUUCAGAAGCCGAUCCACAACAGUGGAAGGAAGGCUUUGAUAUCAACUUCAUCAGCCUGGUUGCAUUUGCCAAGGCAGCUCUCCCGGCUCUGCGGGAGUCCAAGGGAAAAAUCAUCUUCACCUCUUCCGGUGCAGCAGUCACCGGAUACCGCGGUUGGGCUCUCUACGCCGCUACCAAGGCCGCCAUGAACAACUUCGCUAUGAGCCUGGGUGCUGAGGAACCGGAUGUUACGUCCGUCUCUGUCCGGCCCGGUAUGGUCGACACCGAGAUGCAGCGCGAGCUCCGGGAGGACCAUGCCACAAAUUUGGAUGCUGAGAUGCACUCCAAGUUCACCGGUGUCCACAAGGACGGCAAGCUUCUCAAGCCCGAGCAGCCUGGUCAUGUCAUGGCCAAGCUGGUUCUUGAUGCACCCAAGGAGAUCAGUGGUCAUUUCUACUCGUGGAACGACAAGGAGCUUGAGGCUUUCCAGGAAUAG